UAGUCGUACCGCCCUUAUAAACCAAAACCCUAUGAGCACAAGACUCCACCGAAAGCCCAAAACACACAUCAAAGGAAUCUUCUUUAUCACGGAACUCUUUUCCUAGAUUCUCAACUCCCCUUAGGAUGAUCUCCCAAUCCGAAUAGCAAUAGCAAUACUUGAGCACUCAAUCUUCCCAAUCAGACGAAGCUCGAGAGAAUUUUUUUUUCCCUUUUUCCAAUUACAUAUGUUAUACAUUGUCUUGAUAGUUUGUGUUCAGUGAUCAUUAAUAGGAAGCCUAGGGUUUUCGUCUCUUCCAUCUUUCCAGAAGAGAUCAAGGUGGACAAGGCGAAGUCAUCUAACGGCGGGCUCUUCGGCUCAUCAAGCGGUUGAAGCUUAUUUGAGAAUGUCGAUUUUCAACUCAAUAUCACCCCGUAAUCUGGGUUCUUGGUCUGUUGGGGCCAUAGUGGGUCUUGCAGCAGUCGUUUUCUCGUGGAGAUUUUUGAGGUCACGUAGUAGACCCAAGAGAAGCAUACCGCAACCUGCAACUAUAAAUUAUUCUGUGGAAGUGAAAUCACCAUUCCCUUCUACAGCUCGUUUGCUUUCACUUUCAGAGGCAUUGAGAGCACAGAACAAUGGACUUGAGUUCUUCCAGUCUUUUAAUCAAACUUUGGGGCAAGCAGUGAGGCGAAAGCUGAGAGGCAAAAAGGUCACUUGUCGUUUGCUUGGGGUGAUCCUGGAAGAAAACACACCACAAGAGCUCAAGAACCAAGCGACUGUGAGAUCCUCUGUUCUGGAAGUAUUGUCAAAGAUCACUCAAAUUUGUGAUCUUUAUCUUGUGGAAGAAGUUUUAGACGAGGAAAGUGAACAAAAAGUACUUGCUGCUUUGGGGAAUGCGGGAGCUUUCAGGUCUGGUGGUUUGGUCAAAGACAAGGUUCACUUUUGCAGCGCAGAAACUAGCUUCACAUCUUUUGUUCGGCAACGAGAGCCAAACUGGCAUAUUGACAGCAAUGCUGAAAUUGUUGCUGAAUUAGCUAGGUUUAUCAAUUAUGGGCUCCAUGUCUCUCCAACAAAGCUCGAACAGUCACCUAGAAACGUUGUCAGCUCUUCGUCGCUGGAACAGUUCUUCGGAUUAGUAUGAUGCAUCAAAUGGUGCAACUUUCGUCUUGAAUGUGGUCGUCUUGCUUACAAGUUCCAAUGUUUUUUUAUACCUAGGCAACUCUUGUGUGUGAAUCUGGGAUUUUUGCGACUGAGGUAAUGUUAGUCGAACACGUUGGACGCUGGAUGUAGUUCUGUUUUUAGGCUAGCGAGUAAAUGGGAGACUUUAUGUUUCAGCGUUUGUGAUUAGGGUCUUAUUCUUUUUAAGUUUUGUGCAGCGAAAGAUACUAAGAAGGUGUCCAAUAAUAUAUCCUCUUAGCGUCUCUGAUAAAUAAUUGGUGUGAAAUCAUA